GUAUGUAUUCUUCUCCCUCAGGGUUGUAACAAAGCUUUGAUGAAGUUGAGACUGAAGAAGACGGCAGUAGACGACAUCUCUGACAGUUUGCGUCAGGCCGGGGGAAAACUCAACUUCGAUGAACUGCGCCAGGAUCUGAAAGGGAAGGGCCACACAGACGCAGAGAUUCAGGCCAUCUUUGCCAAGUACGAUCACGAUGGAGACCAGGAGCUGACGGAGAACGAACACCAGCAGAUGAGAGACGACCUGGAGAAAGAGAGAGAGGACUUGGAUCUGGAACGCAAUUCGCUGACGAGAGCCACCAGUGGGCGGAGCUUCCCUCGCACUCAGGACGACUCGGAGGAAGACGAUGACGAGGACAGCGGCCACAGCUCGCGACGCCGCGGCAGCAGCUCCGGGGGGGUCUCCUACGAAGAGUUUCAAGUGUAUGGAGCUUUUAUUAUCAUUGUACAGUAACUUCAUGCAUGUGAC